AUGAUAUGUAUCGGAUCGGCUAAGUUCAGUAUCGUCCCAGCCCUAGCAAUAAUAGGAAAGACUUUUGUUGAAGGCAUUACAACUGGUGUAGAUACGGACAUUGAUGUCUCAGAAGUGGAUUUAUUAAAAGUUGAGGACGUUUGGCUUUCCACACCGACCUCAAUAAAUUCCGAAAAAGCCGCAGUUCAUGCUCCCACAUUGUCUCAGUCUCCGAUACAAUCGCUGGCUUCACAGGGGAAGGAAGAAACACAGAAUGGGAUGGAAGUAGAAAAUGUCGUUAAGGCACCUGGAUUUUGGCAAGAAGUUCAGCUCAGUUAUCCAGAUGGAUUCACGUUCUCUCAAGUUUUGGACCAAAACAUAAUAAAAAGAUUAGAGAAUGGGGAUGAAGAAUUACUAGCAGAAAUAAGAAAAAAUUACGAGGAAAGCCAGACAUCUACAGUUGCAACAGAAUGUACAGAUUUUCAUGAGGAUGAAGCAAGUGAUGUUGAAGAUAUCUCUGCUUCUACCUCUUUGAGUUGGAGUAGAGAAGCUACAGACCAACUUAUUGAUCUAUAUGAAGAACAUGAAGAAAAAAUGGAAGACCCAAGAAGGAAGAAAAAAGAUAUUUGGAAAUUAAUUACAGAGGGAUUAAACAAUGCUGGAUUUAAAUUUUCUCAGACCAAAGUGGAAGGUAAAUGGAGAAGUCUGAUUGCGUCUCAUAAAACUCUUAGGGAUAAUAAAACCAAAACUGGACAGAAACGCAAAACUUUUCAGUAUUUCGAAAGAAUCGAUGCCAUUUUGUCUAAACGUCAUGAUGUGAAUCCAUCAUUCCUAUCAGGCUCUGGGGUGAAUACUUCAACAGCAACAAAAUUUAGUACCAAAGUUGAAAAUUCUCAGUCAGCGUCUCAAGAGGAGAAGAAUGAGUUCAAGCCAGAUACAGACUCCAGCACUUCAGACACGGAGAGGAAAGCAGCUUCUGAAACUUGUCAAGGAAACGGCAAAAAAAGCUUAUCUUCGUCAGCAUGCAGACGACGGGAAAAAAGAAAGUUAGAUAGUACUUCAGAAUCAGGUACAAAGUUGAUGGAAGUUGUAAUAGAAAUGGAAAAACAGCGCAAAACGGAAAGGGAGGAACGAGAGAGAAAAAGAGAUGAGCGAGCUAAAGAAAAAAAUGACCUGUUAAGACAAUUUUUGGAAAUUUUAAAAAAUAAAUAGAAUGUAAUACAUGUUUUGAAAGGGACUAUAUGAACAAUAUCUUUUCUUUUUUCAGGUUCCUAUAAAAUUUGUGAAUUGCCACUGCACAUUUUGAAGACUAUUUUUGAAUUUGUUGAAAGGGAUGAUCUUAGUUGUAAAUUGUAUUUAGUUUGCAAAAAAUUCAGAAAUUUGGUCUACCUCACAAGAACUGAAAUGAUUAUUCACAUCAGUGCACUUACAAAUGACUGUGGCAUGAAGUUGAUGCCAGACUUGAAAAAAGUGACUAUAAUUGGUCUAUAUGGUGGACAGAAAACCAGUGAUGUACAGCCAAUUAUCAACUUAUUUGAUAAUGUGAACUUUCAAAAACUCGAAAAUCUUAUCCUGAAAGGAUUUUGUUUAGAGAAUAAUUUUUUUCAGUUACUGUGUUCUUUGUCACUUGUUAAGUUACUGGUUUUGAAACUUGUGUUUUGUGAUAACAGAACUGUUGGAGAACUGAAAUGUAUUCUAGAAAAAAUUCCAACUCUCAAAUAUUGUGAUGUCGAAUGCAAUAUGGAAACUGUUUUGGACUAUCAUGUUUUUGCAGAAAUAGCCAAUGAAUUGGUGGGCCAGGUUAACUUAAAUCUUAAUACAUUGGAAAUGGUCCCAUCAUCUCUACUGAGACACGCAAGAGCAGAGUACAGAGCUAAGUGGCCAACAGGGCAACUGUUUCUCGGGUUGAAUAUGUUGAAUUUUUACUAGAUUUUAGCAGUCAUACUUAUUGAAUCUGUGAAAUAUUUGCUAUAUAUUCUAGUCAGAAAAGAUCCCUUACCAUUAGGGUCAUUUGUGUUGUUUGGAUUGACAGUUAUUUUAUGCUGGAAAGCAUAUAUAAAAAUCAACAUUUUUUUUUAUAUUUCUGUGAUUUUUCCAAUUCAGUUGUUUAUAUUAUUUUAUAUAUGAAUAAGAUAUUCAAAUGUAUAAUUUUUUCUAUGUUUUUUUUUUUUAAUUUUUCUUUUUUACAGUUUUUGCUCAA